CUGUCAGUUGCUUCCUUUUGGCCGUGCUACUUUCUGCCAGCUGUAAAGUCAUCAUCUCCUCGGAUCCGAUGUGCAUCGAGAAAGAAGCCAACAAAACAUACAACUGUGAAAACUUAGGUCUCAGCAAAAUUCCUGACACUCUACCAAACAAAACAGAAAUUUUGGAAUUUAGCUUUAAUUUCUUGCCUACAAUUCAAAAUACAACCUUCAGCAGACUCAUUAAUCUUACCCUUUUGGAUUUAACCAGGUGCCAGAUUAACUGGAUACACGAAGACACUUUUCAAAGCCAUCGUCAACUGAACACACUGGUGUUCACUGGAAAUCCCCUGAUAUUCAUUGCCGAAACAGCGUUUAAUGGGCCUGUGUCACUGAAGCAUCUAUUCUUAAUCCAAACAGGAAUAACCAGUCUUGAGUUUAUCCCAGGGCACAAUCUGAAAGACUUGGAAAGUUUGUAUCUCGGAAGCAACCAUAUUUCCUCCAUUCAGCUCCCCAAAGGCUUCCCAACCGAAAGCCUGAAAGUUCUGGAUUUUCAGAACAACGCUAUACACUACCUCUCUAAAGAAGAUGUGAGGCGUCUGAAGCCGGCCACCAACCUGAGCCUCAAUUUCAACGGCAAUGACAUUAAAGAUAUUGAGCCGGCGGCUUUCAUCUCAACCGUCUUCCAAAGUGUGAACUUUGGAGGGACCACUGACUUGUCUGUCAUAUUCAAGGGGCUGCAGAAGUCUGCUAUGCAGUCCCUGUGGCUGGGGUCCUUUGAGGACACCAGUGAGUUAGAGCUGAGUUCAGCCACGCUUCAGGGACUCUGCGAAAUGUCUGUGGAGAGCAUCAACCUGCAGCAUCACCGUUUCUCUAACCUCACGUCUACCACGUUCAAGUGCUUCAAGCAAAUCCGGGAAUUGGAUCUGACAGCAACUCACUUGACAAGUUUACCCUCUGGGAUUGAGGGGAUGGAGUCACUCAAGAAAUUAGUUCUCAAUGUAAAUCGUUUUGAACACUUGUGUCAAAUCAAUGCUGCCAAUUUCCCCUCCCUUACACACCUCUACAUCAAAGGCAACAUGAGGAGACUUCAGCUCCGUGCUGGCUGUUUGGAAAAACUAGGGAAUCUCCAGCAGCUUGAUUUAAGCCAUAAUGACCUGGAGGCUCCUGACUGCUGCAGCGCAGCACUCAAAGGUCUGUCACACUUGCAAAGCCUCAACUUGAGCUACAGCGAGCCCCUGUCUCUCCAGAGUCAGGCGUUUCACAACUGUCCCAGGCUCGAACUCCUGGAUUUGGCAUUCACCCGCUUGCCUAUGCAAGCGCAACAAAGUCCUUUCCAAAACCUCAAUCGCCUGCAGGUUCUGAAUCUCUCUCAUUGCUUCCUGGAUACAAGCAAUCGGUAUCUCCUCAUGGGAUUGCAUAAUCUCCGACAUCUGAACUUACAGGGUAAUCAAUUUCACGAUGGGACUUUUCCCAGAUCCAACCUACUUCAGAUGGUGGACAGCUUGGAGGUUCUGGUUUUAUCCUCUUGUGGUCUUCAUUCCAUUGACCAGAGUGCAUUCCACAGCCUUGGAAAAAUGAGACACAUGGACUUGAGCCACAACAAUCUGAAAAAAGAAAGUAUUGAAGCCCUUGGCCAUCUAAAAGGGCUCUAUCUCAACCUGGCCUCCAAUAACAUUCACACCAUCCCAAGCCGUCUGAUCCCCAUCUUGUCCCAGCAAAGAAUCAUUAAUUUAAGUCACAAUCCCCUGGAGUGCAGUUGCUCAAAUAUCUAUUUCUUAACAUGGUAUAAAGAAAACCUACAAAAACUCGAAGGCUCCGAAGAGACCGUUUGUGCAACCCCUGCAUCACUCCGGGGAGUUAAACUAUCUGCUGUGAAGUUGUAUUGUGGGAUUACAGCCAUGGGCAUUUUCUUUCUGGUAAUGUUUUUAUUGUUGCUCACCAUUCUGCUCUUUUUUGCAGUUAAAUUCCUCCUCAGGUGGAAAUACCAGCACAUUUAGUCAUGGAGGCUUUCAGCGAAGGCAAACAAGUGCUUAGCAAAAUGCCCUCGAUGGAAACAAUUGUCAUCUGUUGCCGAGCUGAGUUAUCGGAGGUUACUGGAGCUGGGCAGGUUCAUGGUGGUUUUUCCGGAGCUUCUCGCCCUUGUGAAUCAUGGAACUCGUGAACCUCCUUGGUGGGGAGGCGACCCAGGGCCGGAGGGUCACACGCUGCUCUGAGAGACACAAAGCCAUUCCAAUGCGGA